AUGGAUCUAAAAGAUUUUUGCCUGAGUGAAAAUGUCCACUUCCUCAGCCAGCACAACCACCUGUUGGACUCCUCAAACACCGACGACGCUCCUUCACUAGAUGAUACAUGUAUCAAGACGGAUCCCUCCAGCCCAACCUUCGCCCUGGACAGAACCACAGCAUUCAGUCCCAGCUCGGACAGCAGUGGAUACAGUUUAUUCUCACCGGGUCACUCGCUGGACCCGGAAUCCCCGAGUUCGAGCAGCAGCGGCAGCGGUGUCAGCGCAGCACCGGACUCUAGCAGCGCAUCUCAGUUUUGCUCAGACCGCGGUUUGGCGCUCUCUGCGCACGUUGAUUCUAUCCUCAAAUGUGACUACUUAUCGUCGCUGGGCUCUGGACCUAAAAGGCUGUGUCUAGUUUGUGGCGACUUUGCAUCGGGAUAUCACUACGGAGUAGCGUCGUGUGAGGCAUGCAAGGCUUUCUUCAAGAGGACAAUUCAAGGUAACAUUGAGUACAGCUGCCCUGUGGUGAACGAUUGUGAGAUCACCAAGCGUCGUAGGAAGUCGUGCCAAGCGUGCCGCUUCCGGAAGUGCCUGCAUGCCGGCAUGAUGAAGGAAGGUGUUCGCAUGGACCGAGUAAGAGGAGGACGUCAGAAGUACAAGAGAAGGGGGGACUCUGGCCUCUCUCUUUAUAUGAAGGCCCCAGACACACACCCCGUCAAGGCCAACGGAAACAAAGUGAUCUCCCAGCUCCUCUUGACAGAGUCAGCCCCCCUGUGUGCCACGCCGGACAACUCAACCAAUGAUGACAACCUUAAAGCCCUGCUGACGCUUUGUGACCUCCUAAACAGGGAACUCCUGGUCAUGAUUGGCUGGGCAAAGCAUAUCCCAGGCUUCUCUGCCCUUUCAUUGGUGGACCAGAUGGCCCUGCUGCAGAGUGGGUGGAUGGAGACGCUGGUCCUGUCAGUGGUGUCUCAGUCUCUGGGCUAUGGGGAGGAGCUGGUGUUUGCUGGGAACCUGCAUCUGGACCAGGCCCAGUGCAGAGCGGCCGGACUCUCUGACCUCUACACUGCCCUGAGACAGCUGACCACCAAGUACAGGCAGAUGAACCUGAGCCGAGAGGAAGUGGUCACUCUCAAGGCUAUGGCCCUCGCCAACUCAGACGCAGAGAACCUGGAGAGUGUGGAGGCAGUGCAGCGGUUCCAGGACGGACUCCAUGAAGCCCUGCAGGAGUACGAGAGCGCCCAGAACCCAGCAGAGCUCCACCGGGCAGGCAAACUUCUCAUGACCCUGCCCCUGCUCCGGCAGUCUGCCAACCGUGCCGUGGACACCUUCUGCCGGCUCCACCUGGAGAGCCACGUGCCCAUGCACAAACUCUUCCUGGAGAUGCUGGAUGCCAAAAUAUGA